CACCACUACAGCCUGCGCUUCUCCGCUGACAGCGGUGCCUUUGCCCUGUUCCUGCAGUUCCCUCCCGCAAACAGGCUGCUCUCCCCCGAGACCGGAGUCAGCGUCUCUGCCCACAACGUGGUUGUGGAGCUGGCCAAGGCCCCCGACAGCACCGGGCCCUGGGAGAAGUUCAGCUUCGGCCUCGACCCCUCCGCUCUGCAGGAAAGAUUGUUUGUCACUGAAGAGAACAUUGAUGGAUUUCUAGGCACUGCUUUAUGCCCUUCUUCUUGCUCCCAAUCAGCACUGGAAAGCCAGCCAUUAAUUGAAGUGCUGGAGGUUUCUGAGGACAGAAUUCAAAUCAGGGUGGAGCCACAGGAACGUGAUGGAGAAGGAACACUUGGCAGCUCAGGGGGAGACCUUGCUGGAAAGACCAACGGUGACUACCCCGAAACAAAGGCAGAAACAAACUGCCCUGCAGCUGAUGGAGAACGUGCUGCAGGAACCAACACGGCUCCCACAGCUGAAACAAUAGGAAAAGUAGGUUGUAGUUCACACCAUUGUUUGGAGCACGAACCUCCUGACACCAGUUCAGCGAGUGCCGGUGAAUCUGGGAGAAAGGAACCAGAUUUAGAAAGUGCUGCCGCAGCAGGCGACACGGCCCCGGCCCCGGGCUCUGCAAAACAAGGAGAGCUUCUGCCAGGGGGGCAGGAGGCAGUGGAAGGGCACGAAGAGGCUGAACCCCCAGGGCUGGACAGCAGGGCAGCCUCCCCUCUCCUACGAGAAGUGAACCUUGAGGACGGGAGCGUGUGGGUCCUCAGGGAUCACGUAACGCGCUGCCCCGUCGUGUUUCAGAAUUCCUUGCUGUAUGAGUUGGAUUAGUUUAAUGGGUUUAGGAUUUCCUUCUGUUGUUUGAUGCCUUUUGUGACUUCCACGUGCUGGUGGGUGACUUCAGGCCUCAGAGGUCCCCACUGGAACUGUUUCAGCAUCAAAACCUUACGUUGUUACAAUUUUUGCAGUUAAUAGAUCUGUUUUCUAAUCACAUGUAUGGGCUGAAGUAGUUUUAUUACAAGAAGGAUGCAGUUGGAAGUGAAUCUGAGCUCCUGGAAGAAAAUGCAUCUUCAUUGUUUACAUAACUUUUUUAUUCUCUUACCAGAUUUCAGGGAUUAUUUGUUUAUAUCCUUGGUCUAAUGGCUCCCUUGGGAAUUGAGCAGUAUUCAUCAUUUUUCAAACCUUUCAUUUUGUGAUAACUGCAGGAUUAGACUCGCAGUGAUUUUUAGCAAUCAAAUGAAAUUUCUAAUUACCCGGAGAAGUUCUAAUUAGUCUCCUAGAAAUAAUCAACAGCUACACCCUGUAUUCCAUCCUAGUGCAGUGCUUUGCAGCACCCAGACAUCCCCCAGCUGAACAAAUUCCAUUGCACAUUAACAACAUCCUCUGGGUGCACGUGUGCUGUGAAGUAUUUACAAUUUGGGAGGCGGAUUCACUUUAUCCAGAUUUAUUUUCACAGUUUCCCUUGAGUUUCCCCAUGCUCGUUGCUGGUUCACCUCUCUAAAGUGCCAUAACCAAAAGAACACAUCUAAUAAUAAACUUCCAGUUCCCUUUC